CCGAACAAUGCCCUUCUGAAUCCUCCUGCCGCAGCUGAUCCCGUGCGCUUGUCGUGUUGUGGUCCUCGAGCCCGAAGAUGACAGCGAGGAAGUCUGGGUCACGACUCGAGACAGAGAUAGAACGAUGCCGCUCCGAAGGGCAAUGGGACAAAAUACCGGAGUUGGUACGGCAGCUCUCCGCCAAACUCAUAUCCAACGAUGACCUGGGGGAGCUGCUUCUGGGGGAGGCUAAGCUACAGCAGUAUCUGAAAGAGAACCCCCUGAAGCAGGGUGCCAGCCCCCGAGGUCAGAGGUCACGGCUGGUGGAGGUCCGCAAACACCUCACCGCUGCCCUUGACCGUGGCAACCUCAAGGAGGAAUACAUACAGGAGGCCAGUUUGCUGAUGGCUAAACUGAACUAUGUGGAAGGAGACUACAGUGAGGCCAUUAAUCAGUACAGCAAGGUCACUCUGGAAGACAUGCAGCUGGUGGGAUGUCCUGUCUACCGCCUUUCUAUCAUCGCUGAGGCCUACGCUACCAAAGGUCUUUGUCUGGAGAAGGUUCCAGCAGCCUCUCCGUCUAUGUCCAAUCGGAAUGUGGACCGAGACCAGGAAAUCAUCGUCUGCUACGAGAAGUCGGGGGACAUCGCCCUGCUGUACUUGCAGGAAGUAGAAAAGGCCCUUAGUGCAGGCAUGCAGAACCGCAGCCCCAAGCCUGGUCCGGUGGCACAGGAACAGGAACUGGGCUUCUUCCUGGAGACGGGACUACAAAGGGCGCACGUCAUCCACUUCAAAAACGGCAACCUCACCAGGGGUGUGGGCCGCUUCCGGGAGAUUCUACGUGCGGUGGAGACCAGGACCACCCAGAACUUACGCACGACCAUAGCCAGACAGCUGGCUGAGAUCCUGCUGAGAGGAAUGUGUGAGCAGAGUUACUGGAGCCCUCUGGAAGACCCGCCCCACCAAUCUCCACUGGACGACCCGCUACGCCAAGGGUCCUCCCAUCCUAAGGACUACGCUCUCAGUCGACGACCACGAAUCUACUCCGGAGAGAAUCUGUUCUGCCCUCAGGAGAACACAGAGGAAGCCUUGUUGCUGCUGCUCAUCAGUGAGUCCAUGGCCAACAGAGACGCCGUGCUCAGCAGGAUCCCCGAGCACAACAACGACCGCAUCAUCAGCCUCCAGAGUGCCUCUGUGGUGUACGACCUGCUCACCAUCGCACUGGGACGGCGAGGCCAGUACGAGAUGCUGUCAGAGUGUUUAGAGAGAGCUAUGAAGUUUGCUUUUGAGGAGUUCCACCUGUGGUACCAGCUGGCACUCUCUCUAAUGGCUGCUGGAAAGUCUGCACGAGCGGUGAAGGUCCUAAAGGAGUGUAUUCGUCUGAAGCCAGAUGACCCAACCAUCCCUCUACUGGCUGUCAAGCUGUGUAUCGGAACUCUACACUGGUUGGAGGACGGAGAGCAAUUUGCUAAGAUGGUGGUGGAGAUGGGGGACAAGGCUGCAGAGUUCAGGGCUAAAGGUUUCCUGGCCAUAGGACUGGUCUACAGCCUCAAGGCCACUGACGCAUCAUUGAGGGGAAUGCAGGAAGACUAUCAGAGGAAAGCUCUAGGUUCAUUCCAGAGGGCUCAGAGUCUGUCCCCCACUGACCACCUGGCUGCCUUCUACCUCGCUCUGCAGCUGGCUGUUUCCAGACAGAUCCCAGAGGCUCUGGGCUAUGUCCGCCAGGCCCUUCAGCUGCAGGGGGAUGAUGUCCACUCCCUCCAUCUCCUGGCCCUCCUCCUCUCUGCCCAGAAACACUACCACGACGCCCUCAACAUCAUGGAGAUGGCUCUCAGCGAGUACCCGGAGAACUUUAUUCUGCUGUUCACCAAGGUCAAGCUGGAGACUUUGUGCCGGGGCCCAGAAGAUGCUCUGCUCACCUGUAAACACAUGCUGCAGAUCUGGAAGUCCUGCUACAACCUCACCAACCCCAGUGAUUCAGGUCGGGGAAGCAGUCUGUUGGACAGAGCCAUAGCAGACAGGAGACAACUCAACACCAUGACCCUGCCGGACUUCAGUGACCCAGAGACAGGCUCCAUCCACGCCACGUCCAUAGCAGCCUCCAGGGUGGAGCAGGCCCUGUCGGAGGUGGCCUCCUCUCUGCAGAGCAACGCCCCCAAACAGGGUCCCCUGCACCCUUGGAUGACCCUGGCUCAGAUAUGGCUGCACGCAGCCGAGGUGUACAUUGGCAUGGCCAAGCCGGCGGAGGCGACGGCGUGCACCCAGGAGGCUGCCAACCUGUUCCCCAUGUCCCACAACGUCAUGUACAUGAGGGGGCAGGUGGCCGAGCUGAAGGGGAACACGGAGGAGGCCAAGCGCUGGUACGAGGAGGCACUCUCCAUCAGCCCCACCCACGUCAAGACCAUGCAGAGGCUGGGUUCGAUCCUGCACCAGCUGCAGAGGUACAGCCUGGCGGAGAAGAUCCUGCGUGACGCCGUGCAGGUCAACUCCACGGCCCACGACGUGUGGAACGGCCUGGGGGAGGUGCUGCAGGCGCAGGGCAACCACUCCGCCGCCACCGAGUGCUUCCUGACCGCCCUGGAGCUGGAGGCCAGCUCCCCCAUACUGCCCUUCACCAUCAUACCUAGAGUCCUCUGAUCCACACACACACUACACACAUGCUCACUCGUCAUAAAUUGGAAGCAAGGCAUCUCAUCUCCAUGUGGAAUGCCUCGUUCCUGUGGCUCUUCUUUUUUUUUUUUUCUUUUUUUUUUGGAAGGUGCCAACAUGCUUCCCCUGAAUACGACACUUUGAAACGACUACGCCGCUGUACGCGCACUUGUCCUGCUCUCUGCUGUCUCCCACAGUUCUUUGCUGUGCUGGUGACCCCCGACCCCGGCUACGUGGUGACAUCAUCGCUGGAGCACAGUUGGGCUUGUUCCUGAUGUCAUGGAAGUUAUUGACCUGUGUGUUGACCAACAAUAAUUGUUGUCCUACCUACUUCAGUGCACUGUGGUCGCUUCCACCCCCAUAGAUGUUGACUAUGCCUAAUCUGACGUGUGUGUCUGUUUGUCUGUGUGUGUUUGUGUGUGGGUGUGUGUUUGUGUGUGUGAAUGUAACUGCAACAAUAGUGUACAGCACGUGAUUAUAUUUUGUCCAAGAGACCUAUAAAGUCAUAGACUAUCACCUGAAAUAUGUAUUUUAUCCAUGGUUUAAUCUGUUAUGUGCAUUCUACCUUUAGUCCUGUUGCUUUGGCAGGAUGUGGAAGUCAUUGACACACAGAUAGUGUGUUUCGUAAUCGGGUGUUGUUGUUGCUAUGUGUAUGAGUUCCUAUAAGCUUGAAUCUCAUCAGUCACUAACAUCAAUGCCAAAACACAAUAAGAUUAAUAUUGUUUUUCUUUUUCACAUGAUCUUGAAUUUUAAGUGUAGAUUUAUUAUGAUUAUUGUUUACAGAAUUAUUUCUAGAACGGUUUACUAUUUCAUGAGAAGGUAAAUUAUCUAUAUACCUGACAGACCUCUGGGUAAAGUGAGUGGCCAGUGACUGUAGAGAGUAUGUACUGUAUAUUCUAAAGUAAGAACAGCCAUUUGGGAAUAGAGUCGUAUUUGUAGAAGGCACACUUGAAAAUUGUAUUUAAGUUCGAUAAAGUCAUGGUGAACUUGAAAAGACAGCACAUUGAUCGAUCCAGCUAUCUUAACCAUACAACAACAAAAAACAUCUUAUAUUACUGAAUUAUUAUUUUAUAGAAACAUAUUUGGUUGAUGGAUUUGAGUUGAUCCAAACCCCUUCUGGAAUCUAUAUAUCUGAUGUUGGAAGAUGUGAGUUCAAGAAGGGUUACUCUGCUGGUCUAGUGCUAGAGCCAACCUAUCUACAGACCCCGCGUCUCUCCAAUUGGCCGGAAUGCCAAUCGCCCUGAUCUGAUUGGUCAGGGCGAUUAAACAACAGCAUCAGUUAUACUGUAAUUGGAAAAAAAACUUAUGAUUAUGUCAAUAAAAAGUGAUUGGAUAAGAGA